UGUUUUUGGUUGAAGGUUGAAGAAGAGGCGACGAAAAUGGCAAUACAAGCUCAGUUAUAUUCAGAUAAUAUCGGGUUUCCAUUAUGCGGUUCCCUUGACUGUGGCGGCACCGGCGACGGCGGGUUUAAUCAGUUCUGUUUUGGCCGUCAACAGAAGAAUCAAAAUCUUGGUUUUGAAAACGGUGAAUCGAGGAUGUAUUGUGAAGCCAUUGUGGAUAAGCAAAGACAUGAGAUUGAUCAGUUCAUCAAAUCACAGAACGAGAGGUUGAGAUUAUUACUGCAAGAGCAAAGAGAGAAACUAGUUGCAGCCAUGGCGAAAAAGGUAGAACCCAGGGCAACUCUUUUACUCAAACAAAAAGACGCGGAGCUCACGAGAGCAACGAACAGAACAACGGAGCUACAAAAUCUUCUAAACAAACUCGAGAUGGAGAACCAGGCAUGGCGGAGGGCAGCACAAGAGAACGAAGCGAUGGUCGUCUAUUUAAACAACACGCUCGAACGAUUACAACGGCAAAACCAACCCGGUCGCUGUUUCGACAAUGGAGUCGACGAUGCACGGUCUUGCUGCGAAGAAACCGAGGAGGAAGAAGAAGAAGACAGAGGAUUUGUUGUGGUCUGCAAAUGUUGCAGUUCUCGGAGUUCGUGUGUUCUGUUCCUUCCCUGCAGACAUCUUUGUUCAUGCAAAGACUGUGCAGCUUUUCUUGAUUGUUGCCCUGUAUGUGGUACUGCAAAGAAAGCUAGUAUAGAAGCUUUGAUUUCUUAGGCAUUUUUUCACAAUAAAAAAAAACGUGUAAAGGG